AUGGCUGUCAGAGCGCAGUUCGAGAACAGCAGCGAGGUGGGCGUGUUCUCGAAGCUCACUAACGCGUACUGCCUCACGGCGGUCGGCGCGUCGGAGAAUUUCUUCAGCGUGUUCGAGGCGGAGCUGCCCGACAUCCCCGUCGUUAAAGCCUCCAUCGCCGGCACGCGCAUCAUCGGCCGCAUGUGCGCGGGCAACAAGAACGGGCUACUGCUACCCAACUCGACGACAGAUCAAGAGCUGCUGCACAUGCGCAACUCCCUGCCCGAGUCGGUGGUGGUGCAGCGAGUGGACGAGCGGCUGUCAGCGCUGGGCAACUGUGUGAGCUGCAACGACUAUGUGGCGCUCAUCCACACGGACCUUGAUAGAGAGACGGAGGAGCUCAUAGCAGACGUGUUGGGGGUGGAGGUAUUUCGUCAGACCAUCGCCGGCAACAUCCUCGUCGGCAGCUACUGUGUCUUCACCAACCGGGGCGGCCUGGUGCACCCGCAAACAUCAGUGGAAGAUCUCGAUGAGCUGUCAUCACUGCUACAAGUGCCUCUGGUGGCCGGCACAGUGAACCGCGGCAGUGAGGUGGUGGGGGCGGGGCUUGUGGCGAAUGACUGGGCGGCAUUUGCAGGGUUUGACACAACAGCCACGGAGCUGUCGGUGAUUGACAGCGUGUUCAAGCUGCGAGAGAGCGUGGCUCCCAGCGUCGUGCAUGAGAUGCGCGCCUCCCUCAUUGACACUCUUGUAUGA